AUGACAGACUGUGACACUUCGGACAGUGCUGAUGAGACAGGGGCCUUGGGUGUAGUCAGAGUAGGGGUCUGUGGGACUUCACCACACCACUUUGGCAUAACACGUCCAAGACGAUACCCAAUCCAGCAGGGCCGGUAUUCCUGUGUGCUUGCCACGCUGUGCCGGAAUGGCGGUCACAGGAAGCGUGUGCUGUCUCGUGGUAGUUCCAGAGUGGUGUGCAGGCCUUCGACAGUGAGGAUCGCUCCUCCCGGGAGCAACCUGGCUCGUUUUCCAAUAGCAGCGCAGAUCCCUAAGGCCCCAGACCCGUGGUCAAAGGAGGCUGUUCUGCUUGCCCUCGAACGUUGGAAGAGGAAGAAAAGGACAGUGGAGGAGGAGGAAGACCAAAUAUCUGCUGCUGGUCAGGAGGACAAAAGAAGGUGCCAUGACAGCAGUGGGAGUGGCCAUUCAGCUUUUAAGCCCGAGGUGGCCAACGGAGUCCCUGCUGCUUUUGUGCCUGAGCCUGGGCCUCUGAAGAGAGGCCUCAGUUCCCCGAGCUCAGAUGGUGAGCUGCGUAAGAGAACCUGCACCCCUGCUGUGAGCUGCUCGAAGGGCACGUGCACAUGUGGCAUCCGUAUGUCCAGGCGCAAUGCCAUUACCAGUUCCUACACUUCUACUGGAGGCAUCUCUCAGCUCUGGAAGAGGUGUCCCAGUGCCUCACCCUUCUCAGCCCAGCCUCGUCCCUCUCACAGACACGAGAGAGUCCAGAAAAGAAAAUGA